AUGAAGUUCUUCGUCACUCUAUCUAUUCUUGCCCUCGCUAGCGUGGACGUCGCGCGCUGCUACGUGUGCAACUUGAGCUCAGGAUGCCUUCGAACCGACAUUGGUGACGCUAUCCAAACUGGCUUCAAUCAGUUUGUGAAAUUUACAAAGGUCAAGGGUGGCAAUGGUGUGAAUAAUUGCAAUGAGGCAGACGCAUAA